ACAGAAGAGGAAACCAGUUCCUGAAGCAGACACUCAACCUUUUUGCUCCAGUUCUUCUGAGGCGCUACAGGUUUUGGCUUUACCACGAUGAAAAAGGUGAUUUUGGUGACUGGAGCGAACAGUGGCAUCGGCCUCGCGCUGUGCGAGCGUCUCCUCUCACACGACACGGAGGGCCUGCUCCUCUGCUUGGCCUGCAGGAACGUGCGGCGAGCUCAGGCGGCGCGCGCUGCCCUGCUUGCCUCUCAGCCUGCAGCCCAGGUGGACCUGCUGCAGAUGGACACCAGCAGCGUCUCCUCUGUUCUCAGAGCGGCACAGGAAGUCAAAGUCAGGUACGAUCGGCUGGACUACCUCUACCUAAAUGCCGGCAUCAUGCCAAACCCAGAAUUCGACGCAAAGGCCUUUUUUAGAGGCCUUUUCUCCAGUAAGGCGAUCACUAUGUUUGCCACCGGUGACGGGAUUCUGACUCAGAAAGAUGGUGUCACUCCGGACGGCUUGCAGCAAGUUUUUGCCACCAACCUCUUUGGUCACUUUCUUCUCAUUAGGGAACUGGAGCCGGUUCUGUGCCAAGAAGGACGAACCUCGCAGCUGGUUUGGACCUCCUCUAGUAACGCUAACCGUUCUGCCUUCAGUCUCGAAGACAUACAGCACCGGAGAGGAGCUCAGCCUUACAGCUCCUCCAAAUACGCCACAGACCUGCUCAGCCUGGCUCUCAAUGAGCACUACAACAAGCAGGGUUUGUACUCAUCUGUCGUCUCUCCUGGAUUUGUGAUGACAAACCUGACCUUUGGCAUUCUCCCGUCGUUUCCGGCCUUUCUGUGGACAUUGCUGAUGCCUGUCUUUUGGCUGAUUAGGGUGUUUACCAACACUUUUACCUUGACACCUUAUAAUGGAUCUGAAGCUUUGCAGCUUUGGCUAUUUAGUCAAAAGCCUGAAUCUCUGGAUCCUUAUGCUAAAUACCACAGCUUAACAUCAGGGCUUGGAAACAACUACAUCCAACCACAUAAGAUGGACAUUACUUUUGAGACAUCAGAGUCAUUAUAUAUCAAAUUACUUCAACUUGAAAGUGACGCGAGGAAGAAACUGGCAGAAACACAAGCUGCAGGCCCCUCACUGAAGACCCGAACGACCUGAAUGAUCCACAUUCC